UUUAACUACCCCGAGGUGUUGCUCUUGUCGAAAUAUUCCAGUAGUCAUGCUGACUCUUGAGGCUUUGCAACAGGCCCUCUCCAGCUGGGACUCCCCCAGGCUAAAGAUCCUGGCCAUUUCAAGUGCAGUGGGAGUGGGGGGGCUGAUGAUGCUCCUCCUGUUUCGUCGGAAGAGGACAAAGACCAUCCCCAUGGGCGACGGCUGGUGGGGAGCAGGUGCAAAGCCACUCUCAGAGGAUGAAAACAUCUACCCCUUUGUGGUCAGCACGUCCGAUGAGGAAAUUCAGGAUCUGUACAAUCGUAUUGACCAGACCAGGUUCACUGACCCACUAGAAGACGUACGCUUUCACUAUGGUUUUAACUCCACCUACCUCAAAAAAGUGGUGUCCUAUUGGAGGAACCAGUUUGACUGGAAGAAGCAAGUUAAGGUCCUCAACAAAUACCCUCACUUUAAAACCAAAAUUGAAGGGCUGGACGUGCACUUUGUCCGGGUGCGCCCCACCCACCAGCGGGACGGCCAGGUGGUCCGACCCCUGAUGCUGGUCCACGGGUGGGGUGGGUCCUUUUUUGAAUUCUACAGGAUCUUGCCAUUGCUGACUGAGUCCCAGGAUUGCCUAGUGUUUGAGGUGAUCUGUCCAUCCAUCCCUGGGUAUGGCUUCUCUGAGGCCCCCCACAAGCAGGGAUUUAACAGCAUGGCGGCUGCGCGGGUCUUCCUGAAGCUGAUGGAGCGGCUGGGCUUUUCCCAGUUCUACCUGCAGGGCGGCGACUGGGGCUCCCUCAUCACCACCAACAUGGCCCAGAUGAAACCAGAGUCAGUGAAAGGCCUGCACUUGAACAUAUUCCCUGUGAUGCGAGGAGGGGUGGGCAUGCUGCUGGCCGUGAUCAUCGGGCCUUACCUGCCUUUCCUGGUGGGCUUAACCCGGGAGGACGUCAGACGGCUCUUCCCCUACAUGGAGAGGAACGUGUACGAUAUGCUGAGGGAGUCAGGGUACCUGCACAUCCAAGCCACCAAGCCUGACACUGUAGGCUGUGCAGUGAACAACUCUCCUGUGGGUCUGGCAGCCUACCUCCUGGAGAAGUUCUCCACUUGGACUGAUUUCCAAAACAGAGAUCUGGAAGAUGGGGGAUUGGAGAGAAAGUUUACCCUGGAUGAUCUCCUGACUAAUGUAAUGCUGUAUUGGACUACGGGAUCUGUAGUGUCCUCAAUGCGCUUCUACAAAGAGAACAUGAAGGAGAACAUUCAGACGAGAGUGGAUGCCAGGACGGGGGUGUAUGUGCCUACGGGGCUGGCAGUAUUUCCGCACGAAAUGCUUCACUGCCCCCUGACAUGGGCUCGCUGGAGGUACAAAAACAUCCAGUCCUACUCCUACAUGCCCCGCGGGGGUCACUUUGCUGCCUUUGAGGAACCACAGCUGCUUGCCGACGACUUCAAGCAGUUCGUCAAGAAAGUGGAAGAUGUAUAA